AUGAAGGCGGUUAGGGUACACUAUACCCCAGAACACUAUCAACGUAACUGUCUGAAGGCAAAAGCAAAAAUCCUAGGACCAGCAGAUUUGUAUGUCCAAGCAGGCAGUUCGAUAGCGCUGUCUUGCAUCAUCCCCCAGGGCCCCCAUGAUUUGGGCACAGUGUCUUGGUACAAGGGUGAAAAGGUCCUCGAGGGGUCCGAACCUCGAGUAAAUGAUGCGAAUUAUAAAGAAAGACUCGUCAUAGAGAACCAGUGGACCGAUGUGCUGUCAUCUAGGAUGCAAAUCACUAGAGCACACCUCAUGGAUUCGGGCAAUUAUUCUUGUGUGCCGACAACAGCAGGAGCGGCAAGUGUUAACGUUCACAUAAUCAAUGGAGAACAUCCUGCAGCAAUGCAACACGGAACAAGGAACACAGCAUCUCCAUCUCUCUCGAUUCCCAUCACGAUCGUUUACAGUUUGUUCAUUAUCCUCAUAAAACAUGGAAGAUGA